CAAAUGUCAUGAACUGUCAAACUGAAUUCCCCCCUCCGUUCCUUACGUGAAAGAAAAGUGACUCACUUGAUUUGUCUGCCGUGUCCGGAUUCAAAAAAAAAAAUACCAUUUUAUCCAGACUUAUUCACAAUUUCUUAAUACAAACUAAGAGUUCAACUUUUCUUCGAGAGUGAGUGAGUGGUUGGUGUGUACGUAGGCGAAAAGUUCUAUCGACUUUUUCUCGACAAAACGACAAGAAACCAAAAAACUGCGCCCUCCUUGUAGAGUAGAGAGUUAUGUUUGCGUGAGCUGUGUAGUGGAAGAAAAAUAAGUAUAGUUCCAAAGAAAAUUAUUACUUAUAGGAACAAACAAGAAAUAAAAAUAAAUAAGUUAAAAAUCAUUAGGAUUAACUAAUAGACAACCAGUCAUCAGUAAAUAAGUAGAGCCCAAAGAGAGAGAGAAAAAAAGAAAAUUCAAGAAUGUCUUCAUCCGGCGACUUUGGCAAUCCCCUGAGAAAAUUUAAAUUGGUUUUUCUCGGUGAACAGAGUGUGGGCAAAACUUCACUCAUUACUCGCUUCAUGUACGAUAGCUUUGACAACACUUACCAAGCAACUAUAGGCAUCGAUUUUCUAUCAAAAACUAUGUACUUAGAAGAUAGGACAGUGCGUCUUCAACUCUGGGACACCGCGGGCCAGGAGCGUUUUCGCUCCCUCAUUCCCUCUUACAUUCGUGAUUCAACUGUAGCUGUUGUCGUAUAUGAUAUAACAAAUGCAAAUUCAUUUCAUCAAACCUCUAAAUGGAUUGACGAUGUCCGCACGGAACGCGGCAGCGAUGUCAUUAUAAUGCUCGUAGGCAACAAAACAGAUUUGUCCGAUAAACGACAAGUCUCCACCGAAGAGGGUGAACGUAAAGCAAAAGAACUGAAUGUGAUGUUCAUUGAGACCAGUGCUAAGGCUGGUUAUAAUGUUAAACAGCUAUUUAGAAGAGUCGCUGCCGCUCUGCCUGGAAUGGACUCUAUGGAUAAUAAACCUCCCGAAGAUAUGCAAGAGGUAGUACUUAAAGACUCACCUCAUGAGACAAAAGAUCCCGAAGGAGGCUGCGCUUGCUAAACACGGAAACAAAUUUGCUAGUAUUCUUAUUCUUUUUACUUUUUUAUAUAUUAUAAUAUAUGUUCGCUUGAUAAACAACAACUAACAACAAAAAUUAAAAUUCAAUUAAAUUUUAAGCACUUUUAAGGAGCAGAAAUAAAACAUUUCCAAAAAUUAUAGAAAAAGUAUUAAAUUGCUCUAAAACUAAGUCUAUUUAUUCUAAGUUGUUUUACACGUUUAUCCUAACAUAGUGAAUAUGUCAUUCAAGCCAUUUGCACUUCCUUAGCGACUAACUUCUUUCCAAGAAGAAUACUUGUAUUUAAUGACUUAUACUUUUCUCAAAGUAAUGAGGGACAGGGACAUCAUCAUCCGUACGUGGACGUCCUUGGAUUACAAAAAAAAAAAAUCAACGAAAAAUUGUUUUAUAUAUGAUAAAUAGCAUUCCAUAGUGAUACAAAAUUAUUUAAAUAAUCCAGUAAUAUACUAAGGACAGUUUGAAAGUCAUCUAGGCAUUUAAGACAUGAUCAAAAAGGUACUCUGCUUUUUAUCUUGAUAUUAGAGUAAAUAAAACAAUGAUUGCAAUCA